UAUUUAAUUAUUCUAUUUCUUUUUUAAAGAAGAUCCAAAUUUGAUUUUGACAUCUAUAUUUUUAAGUUAUGUGAUUCUAUUAACGUAUCUGCCACGUCAUGCUGACACCGUGGCGACUGCAAAAUUUGAGGAGCGGAUGAUUUCAGGCUAUCAUUCCCAAUCUUCCCCUGCAAUUUUCCCACCUAUUUCCCCUUAUAAAUUUUUCCCUCCCUCCCUCCCAACCAUUCUUUCCAAAUUUCUCUGCUCUUCGGUUUUUCCAUCGUAUUUUCUCGUACCAUUUCUCCACCUUCCACACACCCAUAACAAAUAGAGGAUGCCAAUAGAGAUGCCCAGAGGCCUACCAUUCUCAGUGGACACAUGGACUCCAUCUUCAAAGAAAAAGAGGCACCAUUUUCUCACUCAUGCCCACAAAGACCACUCCUCUGGCAUCUCCACCCACUCUGCAUAUCCAAUUUACUCUACCCACCUCACCAAAACCCUAAUUCUUCAACAAUAUCCCCAGCUUGAUGAUUCAUUGUUUGUGGGUAUCGAGGUGGGACAGUCGGUGGUUGUUGACGACCCGGAUGGCAGAUUUGGGGUCACGGCUUUUGAUGCCAAUCACUGCCCUGGAGCUGUAAUGUUCUUGUUUGAAGGCGAUUUCGGUAAUAUCCUGCAUACAGGAGAUUGUAGACUCAUCCCUGAGUGUUUGCAAAACUUACCACAGAAGUAUGUAACCAAGAAAGGAAAGGAGCCAAAGUGUCAGCUUGAUUAUGUUUUCCUAGACUGCACAUUUGGGAGAUCUUCUCUGCAUAUCCCCAGCAAGCAUUUGGCUAUCCAACAGGUUAUCAAUUGUAUAUGGAAGCACCCUGAUGCCCCUAUCGUGUAUCUGUGCAGCGAUAUGCUAGGUCAGGAAGAGAUUCUUAUCAAUGUGUCCAGAAUAUUUGGGUCCAAGAUAUUUGUUGAUAAAGCCAACAAUCCUGAAUGUUUCCAAGCUUUGACGCAUAUGGUUCCUGAAAUUCUCUCUCAUGAUCCAUCUUCCCGCUUCCAAGUAUUUGAAGGAUUUCCUAAGCUUUGUGAAAGAGCACAAGCAAAGCUUGCAGAGGCUCAAGCUAAUUCCCUACCUGAGCCUCUCAUUAUCCGCCCUUCAGCACAAUGGUAUGCAUGUGAGGAAGACUUACCAAAGACUGAAAGGCGAAAAAAGGAGAGCUUUAAUGAAGCUGUAAGAGACCAGUUUGGCAUUUGGCAUGUCUGUUACUCAAUUCAUUCAUCUAGGCAAGAAUUAGAGUGGGCUCUGCAGCUUCUUGCACCCAAACGGGUUGUAUCAACUACUCCCAGUUGCCGAGCUAUGGAGCUGAAUUAUGUGAAAAAACAUUGCUUUAGCAGUCACAUAACUUCCAGUGACCCUCUCUGGAAGCUUCUAGACAUUGGUGUGGAAGCUUAUUCAAAUCUGGAUGCAUCGGUUAAAGUUGUAGGUUGUUCACCUAUGAUGGAAGGUUCCAGCAAAACUUGUGCAGAAUCUCAACUGCAACUGGUAAAAAUAUCUGCUGCUACCCAGAAAGAACAGUUAGAUUUGUCUACUCCAAGUGAAAGGCCACCUCUCACACUAUUUGGAAAAGCUAGAUUUGGUUUCCAAGAUUCUACUUUUCAGCAUGAACAGGAGAAAACAAUGGUCAUGAAAUCUGAUCCUCAACAAAUAGUAACUAAUAGAGCAGAAAAUGAAUCCUCAAGCCAGGAUGUUGAAUUGGAAUGUGAGAAUUCCUUGGAGAAAAAAAUAGAGGUAGAUGUUACUGAAGUACCAAGUGAAAAGUUAGUGGAGAAAGAAACUGAAGUUUGCAAGAUCUCUUCUCAGGCUCCCAUCAUAUUGUCAAGGGGCUUUAAUGAAAGCUUGAGAAAUUUGUACAGGUCAAUGAAUGUGUCUGUGCCUCAGCCUCUUCCCUCACUGGUGGAACUUAUGAAUUCCAAUAAACGUGCCAAGAAGAUGCGUUGGCGCUGAAAGAACUGAUCAUCUUUUUAAAUAGUGCAUGGGGUUACUCUCAUUUGCAUAUGCAGUUCAUUCUAGGUGAGAUAUCAUCCCAGUUGCUUGAAGAGGAAGAGUAGAAGUAAGUUAAAAGAAUAAUGGAAGCCCUCAGGAUAUGGCGGUUACCUAUGUGACAGAACAACAUUACAUUGUGGUUCACCCAGUUUGCCUGGUGGAAAUAGCUGUAUAUUACAUUGUAUAUCUGAUUCUUUUCUCCAUGAAUAAAAGACUCUUAAUUUGAAUGCUGUGAUUAUAUUU